AUGACACCAACGGUUGUACUAUCGAGUCGACUGGUUCAACAGCUGCUCGAAAACUGUCGCCUUAACCUCAACCAGUCCGUUUGCGACAUGACCAGCCACCGCAAACUGAUGAAGAAGACGUGUCACAUAUUUGUGACGCCAGACCCGGAAGGCGGAUAUUUGAAGUGGCAGUGUGUACCACAGCAGUGCUGGGUGCUGCCACGAUUGGCUGGUCCUCGAGGUCGCAGGACGCUGCACACACGCCGGCCCAUCACGGCCGUAGUUACGUCUAGUUUGGACACCGCCGCAGCAAAGCACCACGCAAUGAGAUGCAUUCAACACCAGUUCCUCCUCUCGGCUCUCCUUUCCCGAUAUACUUCCGAUGAAUAUGCCUCCUCGUUCAAUUCAGAAGAUGAGGACACGUGUGCGGACGUCAAAUGCACUGUGGGAGAGUACUGCAAGGAGGGGAAGUGUCACUGCUACGACUUCUGUCCCUCUGACUGGUUGAUUCAUCAGAGCAAGAUCUGUGUGGACGGCUACACGUACAGCCACACGUGUGACCUCUACCGCAACAUCUGCUACUGCCGCGAGGGCGAUCCGCGUUGUGGCGACGAGCGCUACUUCAACGGCCACCGAGCGGACAGCGACUCCAUUAUCCGCUACUUUGCCGAAUGCCAAGAGCUUACCACCAAGUGCAACUGGGCCGUGCAGCGACGCUACUUUAGGUACCAAUUCAUUUUGUGGCUCCAACAGCUUCUGCGCUCAAGGAGCUACGGUACAGAUCCGCGCAACGUGCUUCUACGUCCACGAUCGGAGCACGACUGGCUGGCGCUGGACAGCCUCCUGGCCAAGCACAUCGGUCGCAAUGGCGAGAACGCUGGACCACUUCUCAGCUUUGUCUUCUGCGAACUCGAUGUCGAUAAGAAUGGAAUGAUUGAGGAGAGGGAGUUGGCAAUGCUGACACAGGUCGCUCUGCCGACACUGGCGUGUCUGGAGAUCUUCCUCGGGAAUUGCAUCAGCGGUCGAACAAUUAGUCGCGAUACUUGGUUCAACUGCUUCGAGAUUGAUUCGCGUGAGCUCCAGCUUUGCUACUUUCAAUAA